GGUUGCAGAGACCCGGUCCCACAGCAGCGGCGGGUGGCUCUCGCUGCCCUGCUCUGCACGGGGCAGGGCGGAGCGGGCUGCGCAGCCCGGGCACGAUGCGUUGAGCGCUCGGAGGGCCAACCGCCGCGCCUCUCGGCGGCAACCGGCGGCACCGAUGGAACCACUGGGCAACUGGAGGAGCCUGCGGGCGCCACCGCCUUCGAUGCUGUUGCUGCUGCUCCUGCAGGUGGCGGGGCCCGUGGGCGCCCUGGCGGAGACCUUGCUGAACGCGCCGAGGGCCAUGGGCACCAGCUCCAGCCCGCCCAGCCCUGCGAGCGUGGUGGCUCCCGGAACGACGCUGUUCGAGGAGAGCCGGCUGCCUGUGUUUACCCUGGAUUACCCCCACGUGCAGAUCCCCUUCGAGAUCACUCUGUGGAUCCUGCUGGCCUCCCUGGCCAAGAUCGGCUUCCAUCUGUAUCACAAGUUGCCCACAAUAGUGCCUGAGAGCUGCCUUCUUAUAAUGGUUGGACUUCUACUAGGCGGGAUUAUUUUUGGUGUUGAUGAGAAGUCGCCCCCUGCAAUGAAGACUGAUGUGUUUUUCUUGUACCUCCUCCCACCCAUCGUGCUGGAUGCCGGCUAUUUCAUGCCCACUCGCCCAUUCUUUGAGAACAUUGGCACCAUUUUCUUGUAUGCUGUGGUAGGGACCCUUUGGAAUUCCAUUGGCAUUGGUGUGUCUUUGUUUGGUAUCUGCCAGAUCGAAGCAUUCGGCCUCAGCGACAUCACUUUGCUCCAGAACCUGCUCUUUGGCAGCUUAAUCUCAGCUGUGGAUCCUGUGGCUGUGCUUGCUGUCUUUGAGAACAUUCACGUCAAUGAGCAACUCUACAUUCUGGUCUUUGGAGAGUCCCUGCUGAAUGAUGCAGUAACAGUGGUCCUGUACAACUUGUUCAAGUCGUUUUGCCAGAUGAAAACCAUUGAGACCAUUGAUGUGUUUGCAGGAAUCGCGAACUUCUUUGUUGUGGGAAUCGGUGGGGUGCUGAUUGGCAUCUUCCUGGGCUUUAUAGCGGCAUUUACUACUCGAUUCACCCAUAAUAUCCGAGUGAUCGAGCCACUCUUUGUUUUCCUGUACAGUUAUUUGUCCUACAUCACAGCCGAAAUGUUUCACCUCUCGGGCAUCAUGGCAAUCACUGCUUGUGCCAUGACUAUGAAUAAGUACGUGGAAGAAAAUGUAUCUCAAAAAUCCUACACGACCAUCAAGUACUUCAUGAAGAUGCUGAGCAGCGUCAGUGAGACCUUGAUCUUCAUCUUCAUGGGCGUGUCCACCGUGGGCAAGAAUCACGAGUGGAACUGGGCCUUCGUCUGCUUCACCCUGGCCUUCUGCCUCAUCUGGCGAGCCCUGGGUGUCUUUGUCCUGACUCAGGUCAUUAAUAGGUUCCGGACCAUUCCCCUGACCUUCAAGGAUCAGUUCAUCAUUGCCUAUGGAGGACUGCGAGGUGCCAUCUGUUUUGCACUAGUGUUUCUCCUUCCUGCUGCUGUGUUUCCUCGGAAAAAGCUGUUUAUUACGGCUGCCAUUGUUGUCAUAUUCUUUACUGUCUUCAUUCUGGGAAUAACUAUUCGACCACUGGUGGAGUUUCUUGAUGUCAAGAGGUCCAAUAACAAACAACAAGCUGUCAGUGAAGAAAUCUACUGUCGGUUGUUUGAUCAUGUGAAGACUGGAAUUGAAGACGUUUGUGGACACUGGGGUCACAACUUUUGGAGAGACAAGUUUAAAAAGUUUGAUGAUAAAUAUCUGCGGAAGCUUUUGAUUCGGGAAAACCAACCAAAGUCAAGCAUUGUAUCUUUAUAUAAAAAGCUUGAAAUAAAACAUGCCAUUGAGAUGGCAGAGACCGGGAUGAUAAGUACUGUCCCUACAUAUGCAUCUCUAAAUGAUUGUCGUGAAGAAAAAAUAAGGAAGGUCACAUCUGGUGAAACUGAUGAAAUUCGAGAACUCCUAUCAAGAAAUCUCUAUCAAAUCCGUCAGCGAACCUUAUCCUACAACAGACACAGUCUGACUGCCGACACAAGUGAGAGACAAGCCAAGGAGAUUCUGAUUCGCCGGCGGCACAGUUUGCGAGAAAGCAUUAGGAAGGACAGCAGCUUGAAUCGAGAACACAGGGCUUCCACUUCAACCUCCCGAUAUUUAUCCUUACCUAAAAAUACAAAGCUUCCAGAAAAGCUACAAAAGAGGAAGACUAUUUCUAAUGCAGAUGGCAAUAGCAGUGACUCAGACACAGAUACCGGGACCACCGUGCUCAAUUUGCAGCCCAGAGCCAGGCGCUUCUUGCCAGAACAGUUCUCCAAGAAAUCCUCCCCAGCCUAUAAAAUGGAAUGGAAGAACGAGGUAGAUGUUGAAUCUGGCCCCGAGAAGCCCAGCACCCCCCCAACACCCCACAGCAGAGAAAAGGGCACCCAGACGCCAGGCUUACUACGGCAGCCCCUUCUCUCUAAAGACCAGUUUGAUCCAGAGAGGGAAGACAGUUUGACUGAAGGCAUCCCGCCUAAGCCGCCACCACGGCUGGUCUGGAGGGCAUCGGAAACUGGAAGCCGGAAAGCCAGAUUCGGGAGUGAGAAGCCUUAAUAGAAGCAGCCAAAGCAGAUGUGAGUGUCUGACCCAGCACAGCUGUGGUUUGUUACUCUGAAACCCAACAAAACAGUGGAAUCCAUGAAAACUCUCUGUGCAUCUAAAUACUUCUGGGGGGCGAUAGAUGCAUGCCACGGAUAAAUGAGGCAAAUCCGAAGAAAA